UUUUUCUCUUCUUCUUCUUCUUCUCUUUCCUCACCUUCCCCUUCUCGCUUUUUUUUGUUCCACCACCACCAGAGCGCAUAUCUCUCUCCUUCAGCUCUCCCUCUCUCUUCUCUACACCGCCCACUCCUCCUCUUCUCUCCUCCUCUCCUCUUCCUCCACAUUCACCGCCGCCUCGCCGGCUUCUUCUUCUGCUUCUUCUUCUCCGCCUCAUUACAUCGCCCGCUGAACCCUUUUUUCUGCUCGUUUUUUUUUAUUUAGUAGGGAAGAAGAAAGCGCGCAUUUUUUUUGGUGGGACCAAAGAUAAACGAGGAGAAAUUAUCACCACCAACCACCAUGGCGAGCACCGAGGAUAAAGCGACCAACAAGGAGAACACGACCACUUGGAAGGACUCCUUCUACAACCCGAGGACCGGGGAGGUGCUGGGACGCACGGCCAGCAGCUGGGCCCUCGUCCUGCUGUUCUACCUGGUUUUCUACUGUUUCUUGGCCGGCAUGUUCGCCCUCACCAUGUGGGUGCUGCUGCUCACUCUGGAUGACUAUGUGCCCAAGUACCAGGACCGCGUUCCCUCUCCAGGUUUGGUGAUUCGUCCACAUGCAUUGGAUAUGUCAUUCAACAAAUCUGACCCGCUAAAGUACGCGCAAUAUGUCCAACACCUGGAGUCCUUCCUGCAAAGAUAUAAUGAUACAGAGCAGGAGAAAAACGAGGAAUGCAUUCGAGGACAGUACUACGAGCAGGACGACACCGAAUCAAGGGAAAAGAAAGCUUGCCGCUUCAAGAGGGGCUCCCUGGCUCUCUGCUCUGGUCUCUCCGACACCAACUUUGGAUAUUCUGAGGGGAAACCCUGCAUACUCCUGAAAAUGAACAGGAUCAUUGGCCUGAAGCCUCAGGGGGAUCCCUACAUCAACUGCACAGUUAAAAAAGACAACCCAAUUCAAAUGCAGUAUUACCCCAGUGAGGGGCGCUUUGAUAAGAUGUAUUUCCCCUACUACGGCAAGAAAGCCCAUGAGACUUACGUGCAGCCCCUGGUGGCCGUGAAGCUGCUGCUCACCAAGGAGGACUACAACAAGGAGCUGGCGGUAGAGUGCCGGGUAGAUGGCACCGACCUCCGCAGCAACGACGAUAGGGACAAGUUCCUGGGUCGCGUCACCUUCAGGAUCAAGGUGGUCGAGUAAAGGAGGCGAAGACGGUAAAAGGAAACACGACGCAGAGGCUGCCCACGUUUGCUACGGAUUUUAAUGUUUAAAAAUAAAAUAAUAAAAGGAAGGAAGUGUCAAAUACGUCACAAAGACGGCAUUUUUUUGGGGAUGUGGCUCAGUAGGAGAGCCAGUUAGAUGCAGAUAUUGAAUGUUGCUUUGCUGACAUUUCUGACCCUUCUUUCCUUUCAUGAUCUCCUCAAAGAUCAAAGAGCUCUGCUCCUGAACCCAUUCAUCCUUUCAUUUACCUGUUGCACUGUUCAUUAUCCACUCAGUUUAUUAUUAUUAUUAUAUUUUUUUUAGUAUUGAUGUGAUUAGAUAAUUUAUAGCCAUUGCAACCAAGCCAUUUGGAGCCGUUGUGUAAUUGCUGAUACAACUUUUUUUAAUGUUUUUUUUAGAUCUUUCUGCUGUCAGGAAGAGAGUGUUGUUUCUCCAAACUGUAUGAACGACUGUAUUAUCGCUGGUGUUGAGAGGAUUUUUAUCUCGCUGUAUAGUAUAAUUGAGAAAAGUAGAACAUCUCCAGAGUAUUUCACAUUAUCACAUCACAAAGACUUCAUAGGAACGUACCUUGAUAAUCAAGUAUAGCCACUGUAUCCCUGUAUAUGAAAUGCCAAUUACAAAGUCCCUUUCUACAUAUAAAUACAUUGUGAUCCUUACCAUAUUUAGGGAGUUAUAGAUAGAUCUUUGUGUUGCGGCCUGCGUACCCACAACCUAGUCUUGUGCUGUCUGUCUGUCCGUCUGUCUGCAUGUCCGUCUGUCUGUCUGUCCGUCUUCCUGUUUACUCACCUCUCCACUGCAAUAGCCAACAUGUGGGUGAGCCCUCCAGGACUAGAUGCGUUGUCUCGCUCCACCUCGCGGGGUGCUGCGUAGUGAUGGUGGCUGAGGCGACACACACACACACACACAUACACAAAUACACACAAGAAAGUACAGUGUAAAAAAAUUACUUUUAAGGCAGAGAGGCGCUGGGAAAACAGUGCAAAAAUAAAAAGUUCACUGUAACUAUGUACUGUAUAUCUUUACGUGAUCUGUAUAUCUAUCUGGGUCUCAAAGAUUGUUUGUUAGUUUUCUCUCUUCUUCAGCCUGUUGAUCUGAUUGUCUGCCAAUCUAUUACUCUUCAAUGUAUAUAUAUACACUAUCUACCAUAUUUACUUAAUUCACACUGUAUUUUUGUCACAAAACACAAUGUCUGUGCACUGUAAAGAAAUAAUUUAAGCAAAGAUUUACAGGAAAUUAUCUUAUUCAAAGCUAUGUUUACACAGUCUUAAAAGGAACCCGCAUUUGAAAUACCAACUUGUAACAUCUCUUCAGGGUGCCUUAAGACCUGAUGAAAUAAAUUGUGGAAUAAAAGUGAUUUUGAAGAAAAAA